GGAAGACCUGUUAGGAGGCUACUCUUAUGGUCCUGUUGAGAGAUGAUGGACAUUCAGUACAGUUGACUGCCUUUUUGUGAGAUUAUUAAAUACAUUGUGGAGGAUAACAAAACUAAAGAAGAAUGGAAGAAGAUAGUCCGGAAGACUUACCUCUUUCUCCAAAAGUUUGGAAUCCUGAGGUAACCGUGUUGGUGACAGGCCAACCACCUAGUGCCGUAGAAGAAGAAGAAGAGGAAGAAUCAACUAAUGUAGUAGAUAUAGAAGUCAUCCCAGAAAUCAGAGAGCCACUUUCCCUUCUAGAGGUGCUGAGACUCUCUGCAGUUCUGGAGGAUACCCUUGACCAACUUUCUAUUCUAAACUAUAUCAUGCCAGUUCACUAUGAAAGAAAACAAAGCACUAGCAUGAAUAUCAGUAGCCUAGAAAAAUCUCUGCUGGUCUCUACAAACAAAAUAUCUACUCCAGUCUCAACUAAAGAAAAACCCACAUUGCCAGAAAUGCCGCAAGGAGGUCAAUUUUCCAUGGAGUUUAACAGAAUGCAGGAUCUUGUCUUUAAACAACCUACAAUGCAGUCCAUAAUGUCUACAGAGAUAAUGAAGAAAAUUCAGAUUGAUAGGAUAUUUUUCAGUGAUGUGAUUGAAAAUACCAUGCAGGAGUUACAAGAUUCAGGCACUUUCACAACUCUCCUGCAAACCUUGAACAAAGAAAGGGAAAAAAAAAUGCAUUUCUAUGAUAUCAUUGCCAGGGAGGAAAAAGGAAGAAAACAGAUAAAAUCCCUUCAAAAACAGCUGAUUAAUGUCAAAAAAGAACGGCAAGCUGAAGUACAGAGACGGAAUGAAUAUAUUGCUCACCUCAAAGACCAACUGCAAGAGAUGAAGGCAAAAACCAACUUGGAGAAUCUCUACAUGAAAAAAAACACUGAGCUUCAGAUUUCCCAGACCCAGAAAAAAUGUAACAAAACAGAGGAACUCUUGUUGGAAGAGAUUGAGAAAUUAAGAAUGAAAACUGAAGAAGAGAACCGAAUUCAUAUGGAGAUUGAAAUGUUCCUUAGAAAAGAGCAACAGAAACUUGAGGAGAAACUGGAAUUCUGGAUGGAAAAAUUUGAUAAAGACACAGAAAUGAAACAGAAUGAAUUAAAUGCUCUCAAGGCUGCAAAGGCCAGUGACUUAACACACCUUCAAGACCUAGCGAAGAUGAUAAGGGAAUAUGAACAGGUCAUCAUCGAAGAUCGUAUAGAAAAGGAGAAGACCAGGAAGAAGAUAGAACAGGAUGAAUUGGAAUUGAGGAGUGCCAUAAAGCUCCAGGCAUGGUGGCGAGGCACUGUGGUAAGGAGGGAAAUUGGAAGUUUCAAAAUGCCUAAAGACAAAGAUGAUAGCAAGGAUGCAAAAGGUAAAGGUAAAGACAAGGACAAACGAAGAGGCAAGAAGUGA